AGACCAUGGAGGGGCAAUGACUUCAGUUCCUCUUCUAGCGGCUGGGCCUCUUGCCCAGCUUUUAUCCAGAGACUCUGCAGGAAGAAUGAAUUUCCCCUGAGCCAUGGCGUAUGUGGCUACGACGCUGUCGUUUGGCCUUCGUUUGACCUCUCCUACGACUCGUGUUUCUCAUGGUUCACUUCAAUUCGCUCCAUUGAACAAUGCGAAGCCGCUGAAAUUUUCUUCGUCUAGUAGCAUUUCUGGGGUUGCCUCACUUCUUCCACAGAAGCUAUGUUCGCUAACGCCUCACCCUCAGAGGUUUCAGCCUCUCACCGUCGUAUCCGCUAAAGGCUACAAAAUGAAAACUCACAAGGCAUCAGCAAAGCGAUUCAGGGUGACAGGUCGAGGAAAAAUUGUGCGUAGGAGAGCUGGAAAGCAGCAUUUGCUGGCCAAGAAGAACACAGAGAGAAAAUUACGGCUCUCAAAAAUGCAUCCCGUCAGCAGGAGUGAUUAUGAUAAUGUGAUUGGAGCCUUGCCUUAUCUUAAAGUGAACAGACAGGCUACAUAAGAAGAGGUUAUGUUUGUUUGUUGUAACUUCCUCCUCCUCCUCCUCCGAAUUGCUUUCUAUUUUCCCCCCCAAACAGAGUAACAUAAGCCUGUGAUGAAAUUAAUUUAACAAAUGGCCAAAUCUUGUAACAAGCGCUUUUAGCAACUUCAUUAGUGUUUGAGACUGCGCUUUGGCUGAUGAUUCAUUCCGUGAGGUGAUGAGAAUCGCACACUUGCUUCAGUUGUUUUAA